CAGCUCAUCAUCCAUGGCUGCCAUGGAGCUCCAAGAAUCAAAUCACACUCUGGAAGACCAGGUCCUCGAAGUCCCGGGACCUGUAUCCAUGCCCUUCAUCCUUUCCUUCCACAACCUCUCAUACAGCGUUAAACUCCGCCGGAAAAUCUUUCCGGCGAGCUGUUUCCGCCGCCGCGCCAAUAAUCCGACGGUGCCUGAGCUCGGCGAGUCUGGGACCAAAGUCUUGCUGGAUAAUAUCUCCGGCGAGGCCAAGGAAGGCGAAAUCUUGGCCGUUCUCGGCGCCAGCGGCUCCGGCAAAUCGACGCUCAUCGACGCCCUGGCCAACCGGAUAUCCAGAGAAAGCCUCGUAGGCGGCAUCACCCUAAACGGCGACGUUUUGACGUCCAGCCUUCUAAAAGCGAUCUCGGCCUACGUUAUGCAGGACGACCUCCUCUUCCCGAUGCUAACCGUCGAAGAAACCCUAAUGUUCUCGGCGGAGUUCCGGCUGCCGGCGGCGAUGUCGAGAUCGAGAAAAAAGGCGCGCGUCGGAGCCCUGAUCGACCAACUAGGCCUCCGCGACGCCGCCGCGACGGUCAUCGGAGACGAAGGCCACCGCGGCGUCUCCGGCGGCGAACGGCGGCGCGUGUCGAUCGGAAUCGACAUCAUCCACGACCCGAUUCUGCUCUUCCUCGACGAGCCGACCUCCGGCCUCGACUCCACCAGCGCUUAUAUGGUCGUGAAAGUUCUCCGGCGAAUCGCGCAGACCGGAAGCAUCGUCGUCAUGUCGAUUCACCAGCCGAGCUAUCGAAUCCUCACCCAGUUGGACCGCCUGCUCAUACUUUCCGGCGGCCGGACUGUCUUCAACCACUCCCCCCACCUUCUCCCCCAAUUCUUCGCUGAUUUCGGCCGCCCAAUCCCUUCCGACGACGAUACGACGGAAUUCGCCAUGGAUUUAAUCCGGGACCUCGAAUCCACUUCCGGAGGAACUCAAUCGCUCGUCGAUUUCAACCGGACAUGGCUGCAGCCUGAGCAAAUCCGAAACCCUAGUCCAAAACUGUCCCUGAAAUCCGCCAUAACCGCCAGCAUUUCCGCCGGAAAGCUCGUUUCGGGAUCACACAUGAGCAUAAUCAACGACGACUCAAACCUCUCAUCGUCAUCGUCAUCCUCGUCAGUCCAGAAAUACGCAAACCCUAUCUGGAGAGAAAUCCUGGUACUCUGGAAACGAACAACCCUAAACUCGCGAAGAACGCCGGAGCAGCUGGGAGUCCGUUUGGGCGCCGUUCUGGUCACCGGAGUUCUGCUCGCCACCAUCUUCUGGCAGCUCGACGACUCCCCCAAAGGCGUCCAGGAGCGCCUCGGCUUCUUCGCCUUCGCCAUGUCCACAGCUUUCUACACCUGCGCGGAGGCCAUUCCCGUCUUCCUUCUCCAACGCGACAUCUUCCUUCGAGAAACUUCCUACAACGCUUACAGGCUGUCGUCGUACGUCCUCUCUCACUCCAUGACCUCCCUGCCUUCCCUGCUCCUCCUCGCCCUAACCUUCUCCGCCACAACCUUCUGGGCGGUCGGGUUGAGCUCCGGGACCUCGGGAGGGUUUGUUUUCUACCUGAGCUUCGUGUUCGCGUCGUUCUGGGCGGGGAAUUCGUACGUGACGUUUCUGUCUGGGGUUAUAUAUAAUGUGAUGGUGGCGUACACGGUGGUGGUGGCGAGUCUGGCUUAUUUCGUUUUGUUCAGCGGAUUGUUCAUCGGACGGGACCGGAUUCCGGCGUACUGGAUGUGGCUCCAUUACGGGUCGCUGGUGAAGUAUCCGUACGAGGGGGUGAUGCAGAACGAGUUCGGGGAUGCGUCGAGGUGUUUCGUGAGGGGGACUGAGGUAUUCGACGUGACGCCAUUGAAGGACGUGGCGGAGGCGACGAAGGUGAAGCUUCUGGAGACGAUGGGGGAGGUUGUGGGGAUGGAGAUGACUGGGAGGACGUGCUUGACGACGGGGGUGGACGUGCUGAAGCAGGCGGGGGUCAUGGAUGUUAGCAAGUGGAAUUGUUUGUGGAUUACUGUGGGGUUGGGGUUUCUGUUUAGGGUUUUGUUUUACUUUGCUCUGCUGCUGUUUGGGAGCAGAUCAAGUAAGAGAAGGUGAAGACGAAGACGAAGAAGAUGAAGAAGAUCUGUAUGUUUGUGUUUGGAUCGGCAAUUAGUUAAUUUAAUCGUUGCUUGUAUGCAUAUAUAUAUAUAUAUAUAUAUUACUCGUUCAGUCCACUCCACUAUUUCCAUAUC